CCACAUCCCAUCAUCAGCAUGGCUACCGACGAAACGGCAAAGCUUGCUGUCCUCAUAGACGCAGACAACGUGACGCCCAGAGUGGCUAGCCAGGUGCUCGCAGAGAUCGCCAAGUAUGGCAUUGCCUUUUGCAAGAGAGCCUAUGGCGAUUGGACCGGCCCAGGCCUCAAAAGCUGGAAGGAACAUCUGCUUGACAACUCAAUCCAGCCGAUACAGCAGUUUUCCUACACCAAGGGCAAGAAUUCAACCGACUCAGCCAUGAUCAUCGACGCCAUGGAUCUGUUGUAUUCCAACAAGUUUGAUGGUUUCUGCCUUGUCUCGAGCGACAGCGACUUUACUCGGCUGGCCUCCCGAAUCCGCGAGUCUGGCCUGGUCGUGUACGGCUGUGGCGAAAGCAAGACUCCCAUCUCACUUGUCAGGGCUUGCGACAAGUUCAUCUACAUCGAGAACAUCACACCAACAACAACGACAGAGGCACCGAAAGAAGCAAUGCGAGCCGAUGUCGACGAACAAGUCAAGAUGAUACUACGACAGGCCGCAGAGGCGAUAUCGGAUGACGAAGGAUGGGCCGGACUCGCCCAUGUCGGCAACCUUGUCACAAAGCGGCACCCCAGCUUUGACCAUCGCACAUAUGGGUUUGCUAAACUCGGUGAACUCAUCGAUGCCACAGACAUGUUUGAGAUUGAUCGCCGUAUCCCCGGAGAGGGAAAGCCGUCGGUUAUCUACCUGCGAGAAAAGAAGAGUGCUUAG